CCAUCCCCCCCUCACGUGCGGGGUCCCCUAUCACCGCCGGCCUAAGCCCACCGCACACAUUUGCUGCAAUUUGAUUUGUACUCCGAGACCUGUCCGCAACGGUCUCGCUCGGUCAUCAUGAGUUGUCUCUAACAUGCUCAACAAGCUGUCUGGACAGCCGGAGAGUUACGAAAAAAAAUCGCUAUACAAGUUCGGAAGAACCCUCGGCGCUGGCACGUACGGUAUUGUUCGCGAGGCUGAGUCCAGCACCGGAAAGGUCGCGGUCAAGAUCAUCCUGAAGAAAAAUGUCCGCGGAAACGAGCGCAUGGUCUACGACGAGCUGGAGAUGUUGCAGGCGCUCAACCACCCCCACAUCGUCCAUUUCGUCGACUGGUUCGAAUCGAAGGAUAAAUUCUACAUUGUCACGCAGCUGGCCACGGGUGGUGAGCUGUUCGAUCGCAUUUGCGAGUACGGCAAGUUCACGGAGAAGGAUGCGUCUCAGACGAUCCGACAGGUGCUGGAUGCCGUCAACUACCUGCACGAACGGAAUAUUGUCCACCGAGACUUGAAGCCGGAGAAUUUGCUCUACCUUACUCGCGAUCCCACCUCUCAGCUCGUCCUGGCAGAUUUCGGCAUUGCCAAAAUGUUGGAAGACCCCACCGAAGUGCUCACCAGCAUGGCCGGAUCGUUCGGCUACGCCGCGCCCGAGGUCAUGCUGAAGCAAGGCCACGGAAAGGCCGUUGAUAUGUGGUCCCUGGGUGUUAUCACGUACACCCUUCUCUGCGGUUACUCUCCCUUCCGAUCGGAGAGUCUGUCGGAUUUGAUCGAAGAAUGCAGCACCGGGCGCAUCAUUUUCCACGAGCGCUACUGGCGCGACGUCUCCAAGGAUGCCAAGGACUUCAUCCUCACCAUGCUGCAACCGGAUCCCUCGAAGCGAGUCACCUCGGAAGAGGCGCUGAAGCACUCGUGGUUGACCGGCGAGUCUGCCAGCGACCGCGAUCUUUUGCCCGAGAUCCGCGCCUACAUCGCGCGCUCCCGUCUCAAGCGCGGCAUCGAGAUCAUCAAGCUGGCCAACCGCAUCGAAGCGCUCAAGAUGCAGGAGGACGACGAGGAAGACAAGGAAGACAUCCCCAGCGUCACCGACGUGGCCGGUUCUGCGGCGCCCGAAGGGUCUGCUGCCAGCGGACCGUCGAGUCCCGGACCGUCUGCGGAAGGAGAGGCUGGCCACACCAAGAAACACAGCUUGGGCAAGAUCGCGCGUGGGGCCAUCUUCCGCGAGGUUGUCCUUGCCAAGGUGCGCGAGGCCAAGGAGACGGAAGAGCGCGAGAGGGUGGAGCGGGAGGCACGAGAACGCGGUACACACGCUUGAGUUUAGUUUUGGUUCUCUGGAGGGCGUUGGCAGUGUAAAUUUGAUGGGUCUACUACUCCUGACGAUUUUGGUUAGGUCGCAACUCAUUUACUUGGAUUGCUUUGUGAAUACUUAACAUUUCCAUGAUUCCCGGUCUAUAAUUCUACCAAUGUACACAUUUCUUUCUUUA